CAUUUGUCUAGCAACCUUGCCCAACACCAGUCGUUGUUCAUGCAAAAUCAACCAGCAGCAAGGAAAAAAACUACACACACACAAGCAACAAGAGAAACUCCUCCGCACGCAAAAAACGCAUUAUUUGCACGCGGGGAGGUGAAAUAACAGCCUAAUAGCCCCCGCACACAGUUGGUGUUGGUCCAGCGGUCACUUAUUACAACCGCGUGUGCUGCCGAUUGCAUUUUUGGUCUGCUGGCGCAGAAUAAAACAUUGAACCUAGAAGGUGUUCUCGCAUGUACCCCUGUGUGCGUGUGUGAGUGUGGACAGAAAAAGUGUUUUGAUGUGUUUUUGUUUUCGCUACACUAUUCAUCCGCGAGCAGCAGCAGCAGCAGCAGCAGCUCCUGCAUACGGCAAGAGUACGUGGAACAUCCGUGCAAGGCGAACGCGUGCCAAGAGUAGUCAGUAGCAACAACAGCAGCAACAGCAGCAACAGCACCUUUCGGCCGUCUCCUCCUGCUGAUAGCAAUCGGGGCAGGCGCAAAUACACGUAGCAGCAACAGCAGCAACAAACGACACACCACGUAAUCCGAGGCCAGUGACAAUGUUGCGCCUGUUGCACUAAGAAAGGAACGAACAGUGUUGUGUGUGUGUGUGUCUGUGUGUCCGGUUCUGUGUGUCCAUCUUCACGUCUAACGGCCAACGUCACUCUGUCCCGUGCUUUUGGUAGUAGAACCUACUUACCUACGUACAUGUGCGCGCGUUUUGUAUGUGUGUCCUCUGUGUUCCGUAUGUGGUGUAGUGUAUUGGGGUAGAGGAACAGCAGCGGGGUGGCGGGAAAAACAACACGCACAUGAAGGCCCUACAAACUACUAGCAGCCGCCCCACGGUGUAGCCCGCCACACAUACCACACCACACACACAUGUGCUGCUGCCUCCGUACGAGAGGGGCGAGAUAAGCGUGCCGGCCGUUUGCAUCAUUUCUGUCCAGGUUUUACUGUUUUGUGUUGUUAAAACCGAAUCGCCACAAUCGCCACAAGAGCGGCACUAUCUCCCCGCAUUUGCGAAGAAAGCAACACGAGGGGCAAAACCGUUCGGCACCGAGCGGGGACCAUUCGGCAGUGGACCUGUGUCCGUAACGGAAAGGAACAAAAAAGAAGAAAAAACAAUAGCUCGAUGGUGCCGCGGCGCCGCAUUUGCCACGAUUCUCACCGUGCCGUCUGUAGUGUGUAGUGAGGAGUAGAGAGGAAACGCACGGAAGAAGUGUCUGAUAGUGUGUGUGCGUUCCUGGUUCCUGUAGAAUCCCGGUAGUACGAAAGAUAGUAGUAGCCGUAGUGGUGAAACGGGGAGGCGGCCACAGAGACAAAGCUGAUUGUGACUUGUGUUUUCGGGAAGGACAGUCAGCCUGCCCGCCUGUCGCCUGUGAAGGACAACGUUACUGCACGGCGGCCCAGCACAGCGCGAAACGGAUUGGCGCAGCGGAAUAAGAGUUGAAAAGGCGGAGACGACCGAGGCGCCUAUUAUUCCACAAAAGGACGAGACCGAGAAGGGGAGGGAGAGGGAACAAACGCUGUGCCAAGCUUCAAAGGACUGUAUUGUGUGGACGCCUGCGAGCAAUAAUAAGGCGGAAGGACGCGGCAGAAUACAAAAGGAAGAUUCGCUCUCUUAUCUCUCUCUAACUGCCUUCUCACUCUCUCUCUCUCUCACACACUCCCGAGGGGGAGGGAGCCACACCAUGCCACUGUUUGGGAAGAAAGAUUCGGGCAAAAAGAUACGCAAGGACGUGAAGGAUGGGUGCGACAAGCUGCCGAGCAUCGACGACAAGUACGUCAUCAAGGAGCUGCUCGGGACGGGCGCGUUCUCCGAGGUGCGGCUGUGCGAGCACCGGGAGACGGCCCAGCAGUACGCGGUCAAGAUCAUCGACAAGAAGGCGCUGAAGGGCAAGGAGGACUCGCUCGAGAACGAAAUCCGCGUGCUGAAGCGGUUCAGUGCGCGGCGCAGCGACGGCAGCGGGGUGCAGACGGCGGCACCGCCGAUCGGGGGGCCGCGCUUCGCCCAUCCCAACAUCGUGCAGCUGCUGGAAACGUUCGAGGACAAGUCGAAGGUGUACUUAAUCAUGGAGCUGGUGACCGGGGGCGAACUGUUCGACCGGAUCGUCGAGAAGGGCUCGUACACCGAGCGGGACGCGUCGAACCUGAUCCGGCAGGUGCUGGAAGCGGUCGACUACAUGCACGAGCAGGGCGUCGUGCACCGGGACCUGAAGCCGGAGAAUCUGCUCUACUACAGUGCGGCCGAGGACAGCAAAAUCAUGAUCAGCGACUUCGGCCUGUCCAAGAUGGAGGAUUCGGGCUUCAUGGCGACGGCGUGCGGUACGCCCGGGUACGUCGCGCCCGAGGUGCUCGCCCAGAAACCGUACGGCAAGGCGGUGGACGUGUGGAGCAUAGGCGUCAUCUCGUACAUACUGCUGUGCGGCUACCCGCCGUUCUACGACGAGAACGAUGCGAACCUGUUCGCGCAGAUACUGAAGGGCGAGUUCGAGUUCGACUCGCCGUACUGGGACGAGAUUAGCGACUCGGCGAAAGACUUCAUACGCAACCUGAUGUGCGUGAACGUGGAGCGGCGGUUCACGUGCAAGCAGGCGCUAGCGCACCCGUGGAUCUCGGGCAACGCGGCCAGCAGCAAGAACAUCCACGGUACCGUGUCCGAGCAGCUGAAGAAGAACUUUGCCAAGUCGCGCUGGAAGCAGGCGUACCACGCGGCCACCGUCAUCCGGCAGAUGCAGCGGAUGGCGCUGAGCAGCGGCGGCAGCGGCACCGCGUACGGCCGCAGCUCCUCCCGGAUAAGCAAUGUGGCGGCGGAUGGCACCUCGUCGGCGGGUGGUGGUGGUGCCGGCAACGAGACGAGUGGGGAUGGACAAGCGGACACUGCUACUACUGCUGCGUCGGGCAGUAAGUAAUAACUAGUUGGCUGGUUGGUCGUGUCAAAAAACAAACACAAACUCUACUUAGCUUAAAUGGAAACACGACAAAAACACACACACGGUAGGAGCGGAGCGCACCUAGUAGUUUAUAGGGAAAGGGCAAGAGAGGAGGGAACGUAUGUGUGUGUGUCCGUGUGUGAUUGCAGGCCUCUGUCCGCAGAUAUAUCUGUUUGUUUCCGUUUCUGUUUGUAGUAGUAGCUGUACUUGAUACUCUUUUUUAUGUUUGUUGUACGAUGUUGUUAAAGUUCUCGUUUGUUCUCGUUCUAGCAGUGAAGCGUUUAUACUUUUUUGUUUAUAAUGAUAACUGUUUCCAUUCUCUUUCUUUUUAUUUUUAAAACCCAUAACCAAUGUUUCUCUGACGAUAUCUCUUACGCUACUAUUGUACUGGACGGUGCAAACUGAAAAAUGAUACUUAAGACACAAGACAGUGUAGGCAAGCUUAAACCACAGGCCAGGGAAAAGGUAUAACAAUGUUUAAACAGCCUGCAAUCGUCACACUGCAAAAGCUCAACGGAGAUAUUUCUCAUAACGGCUACGGCCAAUUCCACCGACCGAUUAAAGGGACACACUGGUACUGGUUUGGUACAACCAAAACAUUCACCCGCCCCCGAAGAACAUCCUACCGACGUUAACUGUAGACCACGAACCUAACGGGCAAUGCGCAAUGCGCGCGAGCUUUACCGAACAUCACGUAACAGUUGCUCAAGUGAUGAACGUGAAUAUUAGCAGUGUAUGUUUGCGCGAUAUAUUUUGUUUAGGUUUUAACACAAACUAUUUUUUUUUUUUUCAAACUUUACCACAUCACAGUGAUAGCUAAUUAAUGUCGAUUUCAUAAUCGUUAACCACAGGAGCAGAAAAUGGAUGGUUUAAAAAUGGCCAAAUACGGCAACGCGUUCGUUCUGUACGAUGUGUUCAUAAACCGAUAAAGGGAUCGUUUUAGAAUGUCUUAAGUGCAAUGAUAUUAACAAUUUUAAAGCCACUGUCGCUUAGGUACUUAUACUUAAACAUGCACACCGGCGGGCAUCGUAUUCUUAUUGGAAAGUGAACAUUUAAACCAUAAUUCACACUAGACCCACAGGCCGCCGUUGCGCGAUGUACUUCUCUUAUUCCAACAAUACUUAAACAUUCUUCUUCGUUUGCUUGUAAUGCAUUUUUUGUUGGGGGCAUUUGUUUAUCUAGUUAUUCGUUCCAGUGCGCGUUUGCUAACACCUGUUUAUUGGAAUUCAAAUCUGUGCGGAUAAGCGAGCGAUAUGAGCUUAAUCUAAUAGACGACGGGCGAGGAAAGAUACACGUACAUGCUUUUUAUAAACUCGUGUUGGAAGACCGUUUUUGCCCUGUUUGUGACAUCGAAUCCAUUCCUUCUAAUAAUAAGUGCAGCCGUUUGUGCGACCCAUUAACGGUAACGUGCAAAAUGGGUUAAGCGUUGCUGUGUUAGCGUGUCCAGAUAUGAAGACGAUCGAAUCUCUGCCUGUUCAAAAAAAAGAAGCGUGUGUAAUGUUGUGUUAGAAACCGUCCCCUAGCGCCAAGGCGCUAACUGGUUGCAAUUACCGUAUAAUUUACAGCUUAAUUUGUUGUGUUUUCCGUCUUGCAGCUUUUUGUUGUUUAGCAAAUAUUUCCUUUUCACAAUGUGUGUACCUCUCCAGUUGCUGGCGAACUUCGGGGUGACUUUUGGGGUCACAAUUUGAUAGCGUUGAAUGUUGUUGCGUUGCUUGAAACAAGAUUGUAGCGAGCUAAAGCACGCUGAAAACCGUGCCGAAUAGCUGUGCGAAAACACGAUCAACGAUUGCAUAAAAUGACAAGCCUCUUUUAAAAUAGUCUAGGUUUUAAAGUAAAGCAAACAAACAACACUUAUCAAUCAAACAACCAACCAGCAGCACCGGCAGUGAACGAGUCUUGUUUGGGGCGUACAGAGCAAGAUAUUAACCAAUUAGAACACACACGGGUGUUUUAAUCAUUCCCUGGCUCUCGCUCUCAUGUUGUUAUAGUUUUUUUAGACGUUUGUUCGUCUAAACGAUAUUUUGAAUCUCUCCAAACAACCAACUCUCCCUAACGUGUAAACGUGUGAUCUUUGCUGGACGGGACAAACGAUCGAGGCAGCGUCCCAACAAACCACUUAACGAACGAAUCCAUAUCAUGCACAUGACGAUAAACGCGAUGAAAUCUCUCUCCCCUUCCCGUACCUUGAUCCACCUUUUUUACACCGAUUCAGUUUGUGAUCUUAAGUACUUUUUUGCGUUAGUUUUUAUUCUGUUGAUAAGCAAACACGCAUACUUUCCAUCAACAACAACGAUCUGAUCGGCUAGCCUCUACCCUUAGUGGCUGAGGUGCAAUAUAACGCAGGUUAGCUGGCAUUAGGAGGUGAAAGCAAAGGGAUUUUUUGAAGCUCCCAAUAAUGUGUGGCCAGCUUAUGGGUCACGUUUGCGUUAGUUUAUUGUCUUAUUUCUUCUUGUUGUUACGGAUGAAUGAAUCGCAAUAGUUCUCGCGCACACGCCCCAAAACACGGUAUGGUGUGCUUCUCCUAGUAGUUGUUAAAAGCGUAAUGUACGAAGAAUAAACAAACACAAACAAACAUUGUAAGGCUUAACCCGGCUUAGACCUUAAGUUAAACCGUCGGUCUAGAGUUGAGUUGAGAACAUUUGCGCGCGUGAUAAACCACCAACCCUGGGAAAACCCCCACGUGGGAAGGAAAAGCUGAAGUAGCAGCAGGAAAAUGUUUGGUAAACCGACAAAAUCGACAUCAAAAAAGGCGCAUCAUUGUUUAACAUUUGCAAAAAAAAAAGAAGAAGAAAAAAUCGUAGCACCGCGUUACCGGCCUGUUUGCAAAUAUUUUAAGUGUACGGGGUGGCGCCAACACACGUACAAAAUCGUUGCCGUACCAAUGUUUGUGCAGUUGACGCCGGACCGAGGAAGAAUGUUACCGCUGUGCACAUACGGCGAACCAUUAUCCAUAGGGCUUAACGCAGAGAAGCGCAAUAACAUGCUUUUCAGUACAUAGAAUACGACAGCAACAAAAGAAAAGGGAUGGAGUAAAACAAAAAACCUGUCGAUAAAACAAAAUUAAAAUUAUCGCACUAAAAUAGAUGGGUAUCAGUUUUGAUUGGAUUGAUUUGAUGUCGGACAAAACAAAUCACUAGAAUAGACAAAAAAGCAUUAGCAAAAGCAACAAACAAACAAACACACAAAGCACACAAACAUUCUAACGAGAUGUACUGUACUAAGAGAAGCAGCUGUAAAGGGAGACAGAUCGCAUUCGGAUUAAUUUAAAGCAAUUUGAAUCUGAUUUGUACCAGCAACUUUUAACGCUUGAAGGCGAACGUGUAUUGUAAAGUGUGCAUGUGUGCAUGUGUAUGUGUGUGCGUGUAUGUGUAAUGUUAUGAAGAAUUCCUUUGUACAGUGCGUGUUAGCUUCUGGGUAUGUGUGUGUGUGAGAGGUGAAAACAAAAAAAAAACAAGAAAAAAUCAUUACAUACAACAAGAAAAGAAAAGAAAAAAAAUAUUUAAAAACAAAACGAAAGACUUAAAAAGGCGUAAAACGAGCGUAGGGCAGAGAGAAUAUAGAGCUUUUUUAUAUACAAUUUUAUGUUCCAUUUCCCCUCCCCCCCAUUGUAGUGCGCAAUGGCGCAAAGAAAUGUAAAGAGAAAGUAAAAAUCAAAGGGAACGCUACUACUACCACUACUACUACUGCUACUACUGCUACUACUAACAUUCCAAUUCCAACGAUUACUAUAAAAAGGCAACAAAGACUUUAAGGACACAUGCAAACAUAGAUAGUAACUGUCCACUCUCAGUCUCUCUCGUCAUUGUUUGUUUUUUUGUUUAUCGUUUUCCUGUGUAUUUCUCUGUUCUGCAUUCCAUUCAUAUCAAGCCAAGCGCUAGCUCUGUGCGGAACCAUAAUGUAAUAGGGAUGUUUCUAAACGAGCGAAUGUUAAUCUCUGUCGUACUCUCCACAUAUAUCCUGUUUCCGUGUGCGCUUUGCCACACGAGUGCAAUUUAGUGCAAUCAUCCGGGCCCGCGGCCAGCGGAGCAUUCAGUUCCUAGAGGCGGCAUACAUAAAACAUGCUGACUUUAGUAUAGUGUACACGACCCGCCACUGUCUCUCUCUCUCUCUCUCUUUUAUGCGCAACUGUACCGCGUAAGCGACCACGUGGAGCUAUAACCCUCUUUACCGCAUGCUCCCGCCGCCACACUUUCCCACGUGCAAACGCCGACUUUUCUCUGUGAUCAUCACUGCUGUCAGCCCUUUUGCUCGAUGUGUGUGUGUUUAAAAUUGGCUGAUAAUAGAUUAAACAAAACAAAAAAAAAACAAAUAAACAAACGAAUCUGAACAUACUUCUCUGUAAAUGGGCAAAAGCAAAGCAACAAACACAUGCAAAACACUCACACACACAAACGGUACAAAAUUGAACAAAAAUCGUAAAACGAAAAAAUAAAAAAAAUAAAUCAACAAACAUGCAAAGCAAGCAAAUACAACAAAUAGCAAGUUAAUCGCUCUCUCUCUCUUCCAUCUCCCUGUUGAAAUCUCUAUCUCUCUCUCGAUGGUGUUCGCGGUCAGUUGCAAUCGCAGUAGCAGUGGGAAAUGUGUUUUUUAGAUUCGCGUCGCUAACUAGAUUUAGUACGUUUUUUUUUCUUUUGCGCUGCACACGCAUGUGGAGAACGGGCAAAACAAGCAAAUCAAGAAACAAACAAACAAAUAAAUAAUUAAUUAAUAAUAAACGAUCCGUCGUCUUAAAAACACACGUCAUCCAUCGUCCAAAAAAGAAAACAAGAAAAUAAAAAUAGAGGAAAACAGGCGAUAGUAGUAGCAGUGUUGUUGUUGAGUUGUUAAAUCUUGGAUCAAUGUUGUAAAAUCAGAGACAACAUUAUCAAUGCAAAAACUGUUUAAGAAAAGUUCUACAAGAAAUAAAACACACACACACAGACACAGACAGACAGUUGUAAAGACAAAACGACAAACAAAGAUAGAAAGAGAGAGAGAGAAAGAGAGAGAAAAGCACGGAGAAACUGGCGGUGGUUUUUAAGUUGAAAAUGUUCUGAAUUUAAAAUAGUAACGCAAAUGGCAAAACGUUGAUGUUUAAAGAAAAUAAAACCGGGGGUAGUAUGUGUACCUUUGAUUAUUACCUUAAAAAUAUACAUACAUAUUAUAUACAUAUAUAUAUACAUAUACAUACAUAUACAUGUGCGAAUAACAUAUUUUUAAAACCCACACUCUUCGCUCACAUCAACACAGCAACACCAUCGUCGCACUGUGUGAGCGUGUGCGUUCUGUUUGUGUGUGUGAGUGUGUGGCCAUAGACAUAUAUUCGUAGCUUAAGCUGGGCGACCACCCGUUGGGCCUCCCAAUCGCGCCCGCCGUGCAGCUGCAGCUGCAACUGGCAGGGCGUGGACGUACGGGCAAGAACCGAUUUGUGUUUUUAUCUGGACACCUUUUUACUACCGAAAACCAGCUGGAUAGAUUGUUAGACUGUUGUUCUGAAAUUGUGUUAGUUGGUGUUUAUUUGGCCCUUGUUUUUGUGUUUUGUUGUUAAACAGCUACAGCAACAGUGUGAAGAUAGAACAACCCGCCCGUUGCAGGAGAGUAGCGUAACGAAACGAAAGUAGUAGCUGCGACUUGGACAGCAGAGCAGAGGUUAAAGUGUAAUAAAGGAGUAGCACGAACACGGAGAGAGUUGAUGUUGGGGUGAGGGGGGUUGAUCGUUGUUUUGGGAUGGGGCAAGCAAGGGAGUGAGGGUGAGAGGUUUUAGGAAAUUCAACUAAUACAAUAAUUUUAUUAUGUGGUCUAUGAAUGUGAUCUACUAUAUUUAAAAAAAAAUGAGAAGAAAAAAACAGAGAAAAAGUAACAGCAAAACAAAACCUAGUACUAAACUUAAGUAGGUGUUUAGUGGUUAAGAGCAGCGAUUCAAACAGCGAUAGAGCGACAAACACAGAAGAAGAAAAAAAACAACCGAGGAAGGUGAAAGAAAACAAAUAGAACGAAUAACAAAUCAGAAAUGUUGAUGGAAUGAAGAAAACAAAAAAAGGAUAUUAAAAAAGAAAGUUAAGUGGUAAGAGCACACACACACACACAGGAGGGUCAUGUUGAAGAAAGAGAUAAAAAGGCAUGCGAAAAAGAGGAUAGAGUCCCCGUGUGAAGCAAAAAAGGGUUGCUGCGCGUUAAAGCACAACACCACACCAAAACAGACAAACAAUAUAUUCAUCACAGACAGUGCGGAGCGGGAAACCAUCAACAGCAACCUAACUACUAUUAGUACUACUACUACUAUUACUAACACAACCACUACUACUACUACUACUUUGUCGUUUGUCGAGGGGAAAGAAGGGUUUUAUUGCAUUUCUUCAACCAACCCUGUAGCUAAAAACAAAAAAACAGUUGGAAUAACGGAAGAAAUUGGUAAUUUGUUGGGUGUAGCAAAAAGAGCGCGCAGGAAUGCGCACAUAGACAAACGAGAGAAAACGCAAACGCAAGCAAAACAAUAGCAAAAGAAAAGAGAAGAAAAAAAACCGCAACACAGAAACCUAUCACACUACGCGUAAACUACUAAAACAAAUGUGAAGCAAAAUGGAAACAAAGCAACAAACAAACAAACAAACAAACAAACAAACAUAUUAAAUAAUCUGGUUAUACGAGAAACAGAGAGAGAAAGAGCGCGCGAUGAUGCAGCUUUGCUGAAUAGCAUUUAAUAAUCUCAAUAAAUUCGUUCAUUGUGUAACUGAAAGCAGCUAAA